CUAAUAGGUCAGACCACGGACUCUGCCGGUCGCCGAGGUCCCCGCCGAGAGUCGGAGGCAAUGGAUGAACAAAGCGUGGAGAGCAUUGCUGAGGUUUUCCGAUGUUUCAUUUGUAUGGAGAAAUUGCGGGAUGCUCGCCUGUGUCCUCAUUGCUCCAAGCUUUGUUGUUUCAGCUGUAUCAGGCGCUGGCUGACAGAGCAGAGAGCUCAGUGUCCUCAUUGCCGGGCUCCACUCCAGCUACGAGAAUUAGUAAAUUGUCGUUGGGCAGAAGAAGUAACGCAGCAGCUUGAUACUCUUCAACUCUGUAGUCUCACCAAACAUGAAGAAAACGAAAAGGACAAAUGUGAAAAUCACCAUGAAAAACUUAGUGUAUUUUGCUGGACUUGUAAGAAGUGUAUCUGCCAUCAGUGUGCACUCUGGGGAGGAAUGCACGGUGGACAUACCUUUAAGCCUUUGGCGGAAAUUUAUGAGCAACAUGUUACUAAAGUGAAUGAAGAGGUAGCCAAACUUCGUCGGCGUCUCAUGGAAUUGAUAAGCUUAGUUCAAGAAGUGGAAAGAAAUGUAGAAGCUGUAAGAAAUGCAAAAGAUGAGCGUGUUCGGGAAAUUCGGAAUGCAGUGGAGAUGAUGAUUGCACGGUUAGACACACAGCUGAAGAAUAAGCUUAUAACACUGAUGGGUCAGAAGACUUCUCUAACACAAGAAACAGAGCUUUUGGAAUCCUUACUUCAGGAGGUAGAGCACCAGUUGCGGUCUUGUAGUAAGAGUGAGUUGAUAUCUAAGAGUUCAGAGAUUCUCAUGAUGUUUCAGCAAGUUCAUCGAAAACCCAUGGCAUCCUUUGUUACCACUCCUGUUCCACCAGAUUUUACCAGUGAAUUAGUACCAUCUUAUGAUUCAGCUACUUUUGUUUUAGAGAAUUUCAGCACUUUGCGCCAGAGAGCAGAUCCUGUUUACAGUCCACCUCUUCAAGUUUCAGGACUUUGUUGGAGGUUAAAAGUUUACCCAGAUGGAAAUGGAGUUGUUCGUGGUUACUACUUAUCUGUGUUUCUGGAACUCUCAGCUGGCUUGCCUGAAACUUCCAAAUAUGAAUAUCGUGUAGAGAUGGUUCAUCAGUCCUGCAAUGAUCCUACGAAAAAUAUCAUUCGAGAGUUUGCAUCUGACUUUGAAGUAGGAGAAUGCUGGGGCUAUAAUAGAUUUUUUCGUUUGGACUUACUUGCAAAUGAAGGAUACUUGAAUCGACAAAAUGAUACAGUGAUUUUAAGGUUUCAGGUUCGUUCACCAACUUUCUUUCAAAAAUGCCGGGACCAGCACUGGUAUAUUACUCAAUUGGAAGCCGCACAGACUAGCUAUAUUCAACAAAUAAAUAACCUUAAAGAGAGACUUACUAUUGAGUUGUCUCGAACUCAGAAAUCAAGAGAUUUAUCACCACCAGAUAAUCACCUUAGCCCCCAAAAUGAUGACACUCCCGAGACACGAGCUAAGAAGUCUGGGUCAUGUGCAGACAUGCUUCUCCAGGAUGGCCCUACUACAGCUUCUGUAAGAGAGGCCAAAGAUGAUGAAGAAGAUGAAGAGAAGAUUCAGAAUGAAGAUUAUCAUCAUGAGCUUUCAGACGGAGAUCUGGAUCUGGAUCUUAUUGGUGAAGAUGAAGUAAAUCACCUUGAUGGCAGCAGUUCCUCUGCCAGUUCUACAGCAACAAGUAACACGGAAGAAAAUGACAUCGAUGAAGAAACUAUGUCUGGAGAAAAUGAUGUGGAAUACAACAACAUGGAAUUGGAAGAGGGAGAGCUCAUGGAAGAUGCAGCUGCUGCAAGACCUCCAGGUAGUAACCAUGGAUAUGUUGGUGCCAGUAGCAGGAUGUCACGAAGAGCACAUUUAUGCUCUGCUGCUUCCAGUAGUUUAUUAGACAUCGAUCCUUUCAUUUUAAUUCAUUUGUUGGACCUUAAGGACCGGAGCAGUAUGGAAAAUUUGUGGGGCUUACAGCCUCGCCCACCUGCUUCACUUUUGCAGCCCACAGCGUCAUAUUCUCGAAAAGAUAAAGAUCAAAGGAAGCAGCAGGCGAUGUGGCGAGUUCCCUCUGACUUAAAGAUGCUAAAAAGACUCAAAACUCAAAUGGCUGAAGUCCGAUGUAUGAAAACUGAUGUAAAGAAUACACUUUCAGAAAUAAAAAGUAGCAAUGCUGCUUCUGGAGACAUGCAAACAAGCCAUUUUUCUGCUGACCAGGCUGCUCUGGCUGCAUGUGGAACUGAAAACUCUGGCAGGUUACAGGAUUUGGGAAUGGAGCUCUUGGCAAAGUCAUCGGUUGCCAGUUGUUACAUGCGAAACUCCACAAACAAGAAGAGUAAUUCACCCAAGCCAGCUCGGUCCAGUAUAGCAGGUAGUCUUUCACUUCGAAGAGCAGUAGACUCUGGAGAAAAUAACCAUUCAAAGGGAGAUUGUCAGCCUCCGUCUGAAGGAAGCUGUCAGUCUGGGAGCAGGCACAGUUCUCCCCGAGCCUUGACACAUGGCAGUAUUGGUGAUAUUCUGCCAAAAUCUGAAGACCGGCAGUGUCAGGCUUUGGAUUCAGAUGCUAUCGUGGUUGCAGUUAUCAAUGGCUUACCUACUGUUGAGAAAAGGAGGAAAAUGGUCACCUUGGGGGCUAACGCUAAAGGAGGUCAUCUGGAAGGAAUGCAAAUGACUGACUUGGAAAAUAAUUCUGAAACGGGGGAAUUACAGCCUAUAUUACCUGAAGGAGCUUCCGCUGCCCCUGAGGAAGGAAUGAGUAGCGACAGUGAUAUUGAAUGUGACACUGAGAAUGAGGAGCAGGAAGAGCACACGAGCAUGGGCGGAUUUAACGACUCUUUCAUGGCACAGCCCCCAGAUGAAGAUACGCAUGCCAAUUUUCCUGAUGGUGAACAAAUAGGCCCUGAAGAUCUCAGCUUCAGUACUGAUGAAAACAGCGGAAGGGAAUUCUUUGCAGAAAAAAUAUGAACAAGAGAACAAAGCCUGUCUCACCAAAGAGCACCUAGAGUAGUUAACGAGGAUGCAUGUGGAUUAAUUAUCUAACCAUCAAAGUUUAUUAGAGUUAUUUCCUUUUCCAAACAACUGCUCUGUCAGUCUGGAGUUCCCUAUCUUAGUUCAUAUUUUCUAAUUAGUACAAUAAAUAGUAUUCAAAAUAGAAAAUAAAAUGCCACUAGAGGAAGUAACAGUUUUUUUCAACACAGUACCAUUUGUCUGGAAAAUAGUUGUUAUAAUACUGGUGGUAUCUUGUUUUAAGAAAAAUCAUCUAAGCUAUUCACAGGUUAGAACAGAAGAGUGGGCGGGCAUUUGUCCUUUAAUGUCACAUGGUUUUAAAAGGUGAGAAAAGUAUGUUCUUACUUUUGCUAAUUAAUAUGCAAAGAACAAUUGUCCCAAAUUAUGAUGUGACCGAAACUAUAGUAUCCCCUUUUAUGGCCUUGCUUGAGGUGAGAAUGAUCAUUGAGUGAACAAAUUAUGGAAAACAUCAAAAUGAUAAUUUAAGAUCACUUUCUUACAAAGCUCGGCAAGCCUUUGAUGGGGAAGGAAGUACUUGAACCCCAGCAGUUUUUUCUGCAAACACUGACCUAACUUUAUGCAUCAUUUUCAUCUGCCCAUUGGAUGUUGCACCUCUUACUGGCAUCAGUGGAGUGUAGUUGUCAUGAAGACGCUGUACCACCAGCUGACAUUCCACUAUAGACGCUGACAUUCAGAAUUCAACUCUGACAUUGACAUUGUUGACAUUGUCCUAGGAAAAAAGGUGUUACUUUCAAGGAUCCUCCUAGUUAAAUGCAACCGUAACUUUCAUCUUAUUAAUUCAAGGACAGUGGAUGGCACUUCUAGGUAAAGAAAAAGUAUAUACAUGUGUUUCCACCACUGUCUAGUACAGACCGAACUGGGACUGAUAGUCCCAGUGUUUGGUGUGAUAAUGCUGCUUAACAUGAGAUCUCCGUCAACAGUACACAUCGAGAAAGUGAACAAAGGAAGCCUUUCAGUUAGGGAUUGAUUCCCUUUGAAACUCACAGUGAAUGUACAAGGAGUUUGUAAUGACUUCGCUUGGUGACUUGAAGUCCAUUUCCCUAACCGAUGCUAUACUUUCUUGUUUAUACUUAUUUUACUAUUUCCUAUUCUAACAAAACUUUAGCAGGCAAACAAAUUGAUGCAGAUCGUGUUAAAUUCAAAAAGGGAUACUGCCACUCUUAAAGAGACUGAGUGUAGAACUUUCACCACCACUAAAUUACACAAUGAGUAAAAGUACAAAACAUAAUUCACAGACUAUACCUCAGCAUUAACAGUUAAUAUGUAUUAUAUAGAUACUUUUAUAUCGGUCUAAUAUUUUUACAAUCACCAGGUAACACCAUCAUUAAGUACAAGUUACAGAAAUGUGUAGAAACCAUUAGAAGGGGUACUUAUUGCUUACAUCAGCAAGCAGCAAAUAAGGGCACAGGCUUUGAACUGAAGGGAACUACUUUCUAUCAUCAGUGGCAUUAAGAUAUAACACUGCAUUUCACAAAGCACUGCUUUAUCUAGUUUCUAGAACCAAGAGCAGCAUAUAUUCAGACCAAUAACCACUACUUUAAUAUCUAUUAGAGAAUUUUAAAGGACUUACCUUACAAAUGGUACUUAUCUACUCUAUAAAUAUGCAUGUUGUGGAUGAAUGAAAAUUUGCUAUUUUUUACAAUAUUGUUUUAUAACUUGACCACACUAGAACUACUUUGAUUUAUUUUCUAGAGGGCUGCUGGUAUGAGAAUGGAGUUAACACUGCUUAUAUAGUCAAACCUACAAGAUCCAGACCCUUAAACACGUGGUCUGUGUUCAUCCCAAUUUCAUCCAACCAUUUUUCCCCACUGAAAAAAAACCUAUCACUUGUACCCUCUUUCCUUUCACCUUUAUUCUGAUCAAAAACAUCAACUAUAGACAACUAUAGAAAAUCUUUAAAAAAUAUGUUUAACUGGCUAAAUGCUCUGGAUUAUAAUACACCAAUACUCUGCUACCUCUGUUUUCUUGUUUCUUUAGAUAAUUUGAUUCGAAACUGACACUGCACCUGACGGGUUUGUUUACAAGAUCUGGGCUUCAGGAAAUGAAAGAUGUGAGUGAGGUCCGUGUUGGGGGUAAAGGAAAGCACUGGGUGGUGGUGAUUCUGGCACUGUAGUUGGGGCCAUGUUCACUCCCUCUUUUCAGCCGUGUGUCACAAGACUUGAGAAAACAAAUACUGAAAAUCUACUUACAUCCAAAUUUUUAAAAUAAAACCUAUAGAUUAAUGAUCUGAUUCUUGCUGAAGUGAAGCUGUUUUUACUUAUUUGACAUAGAUAUACUGGCACCCAAAAUAUGCUACAGUCCUCUAUGUUUUUAAAAUCCAGGAAUUUUAGUACUCCAUUAUGGAUCUGGGGAACAUAAAUUGCAUUAUUACGUAAAAACAUGAUUAGGCAGUGGACAUUUCUCGGCAAGAGCAUUUAAUCCCUUGCUAGUAUGAGUGACCGAGCACUACAGCAGGUACCUCCUGUCCAUUGGCAGGGCUGGUCCAUGGCUGACUUGGGGAGGGUGAAAUGUCACGUGGACACAUUCCUGAUUCUCAGAAUCAGAGGCUGCUUCACUGAAUGAACCUGAUUGUUUAUUUGCUGUCUUUAGUUGAAGAUAUGCUUCUGGCUUGAAACUGCAGGAAUGGCAAAAAGCAGACAAUUUAAAAAUAUCAAAUACAAAUAAAUACUGAAAUGAGAAACAUGUCCUAUCUGCAAUCUGAGGUUGCACGUAGCAGGACUCGGGGCGUUCUCCAUUCAUAACUAAGCAGACCUUAGUCUAAGUAUAAUCUGCGCUCUCCUGUACGCUUGGCCUCUGGGCUCACUUUAGUCAGUACUUGCAGUCUCUUCACACCAAUUCCUUUAUUCCCUUGGGGGAAACAGUUUUAGAGAGGUCAAAACUAGUAUUUUUCAUUCUCCAAAACCACUUUUUAUAGUAGCAUAUGCCUUUGCUGUCUGUGACCUUAAAAAAAGGCAGAAAAAAAGAAAUAUUACUUUUCUUUUUAAAUGGCAACUUGAUUCUAGUAUAUUUAUACCUUACAUCAUCUCCAUUAAACAGAUGAAGGUACAGUGAAAAACAUGUUAGCAUCAUAGGUUAAAACCAGUUGUCAGCGAUCUUCUAAAAUUACAAAUGAUAAAAAUUCUGCCGAAAGCACCAUAGCAGGUCAUGAAACUCCCAAAUAGCUACAGCCCUAGGAAAUACUUUUACAUUCAAAAAAUUUUCAUAGUCUUUUAUGUUACAGAAAAAAAAUCAGUAAAUCUUUAUGACUAUACGCUGCCUUACAAGUCUGAGAAUAUGACAUUUUUACACUAGGUUUCUACUUUCAUUGUUACUAGUUAAAACCCAUAUGGCUUUUAGUCUUUCAUUUACCAACCAGAAAAAGGGGGGGAGGCAUUUCCCUCCCCAGUCUUUUAAGGAACAUUCCCCAACUAAAUCUAAUUCUGCAUUACGCUUUCCAUAGCUAUAUUAGGCACAUCAGACCAGAUUUCAACUGCGUUGAGAUUUUUCAACACUAUAUAUCCUGACUAAAAUAACUAACUCGCAAGCUUCCACUAGUGACGUGGGGUGGGGGUUGUAUGUAGGUGUAGAGCUACAUCACAGGGAUCAGUUGUAUAAUUUUGCUAGUGAAACUGCCAAUUAUUUUCUUUAGAUUGAAAAUACUGUAUUUUGAGUUUCCUAGAGAUAUAUUUACAUUUAAGAAUUGAGCCAUCCACGUCUUCGUAAUGAAGCACAUAGGUUUCAGAAAUGUCUACCU